UUAUUUGCGAGAAUGAAAUACUUAAAGCUGGUCUAAAAUGUCUGCACAUCUACCUCCAAUGGAUGUACAAAGAAAAGAAGGAUCUAACGCGACCCUAAAUUAUGGUCAGGGGUCUAUUGCCACACUAAAUAAUGGUCAGGGAUCUAAUGCUACACUGAACAAAAGUCAAGGAUCUCAUGCCACCAUAAAUAAAAGCCAAGGAACUCUUAACAGAUCACAAGUGACAUUGAACAACGUCCCAAACGAUGGCGCACAAAGCGGCCUUAGUAAACCCGGAUCAAAAAUGACUGUGGAAAACGCCAGUUUUUCAAAGAUGUCUGCAGACAAUGUCAGCCAUCAUUCCAGGAACACAGUUGACAAUGUCAGUCAUCAUUCCAGGAACACAGUUGACAAUAUCAGUCAUCAUUCCAGGAAUACAGCGGACAAUGUCAGUCAUUCGAGGAUAUCAGCGGACAACCUCAGUAUUCCAGUGGUAACACCGACCAAAAUGGAGUCUCCGAAACCGACACCUUCUGUAAAGUCAAAAGUAAGCGAAGUACGUCCUAUUUCCCCAGAUAUUAAUAUGGAAGCUAUCGGAGCUUCAAUGAUUUCAUUACGAACAGAUGAAGUCGAAGUUUCAAAAUGUCCCAUAUGUGCUAAGGAACUUACUUCACCAAAGUGUCUGCCAUGCUUACAUACUUUUUGCGAAGCAUGCAUAGGUCGCCAUGUUGCUACUUCCUUGUCACAAGGGAAAGCCGUUCAGAUUCGAUGUCCGGUUUGCGCUACGCCUGUCUCAAGUGCACGUGCCAUUACAGACCCUCUUGAGUUUGCAAAAUCUCUCCCGACCAAUCAUUUCAUUUCCUCUCUCAUGGCUGAAAGAAUGCUAAAACAGAAGCUCUGUAAACCAUGUUUGAGAACACAGAAAAAAACUACUGCCGUUACAUGGUGUUCUUACUGCGCUGAAACAUUGUGCAAAGAACACGACAACUAUCAUCGAGGACUGACCUCUUCAGAAAUUCAUAAGACAGCAACGAUUGAAGAGGUACAGAAGGACAAAAUGAUGCUUUAUGCACCUGGGCUUUGUCCAAAUCAUUUGAACGAAAAACUUGUCUAUUUCUGCCAUGAUCAUCGUGAGACUUGCUGCGAAGUUUGCAAGAAGACGGUGCAUAAAAACUGCGAUGAUGUGGUUACUACAGAAGAGGCCGCAAAAUCUUUAAAAGAUACGAAGGAAACUCAUAUACUCUCUCAAAUGCUGAAAUCGAUCAAUGCUCAGACGGAUGAAAUUGUGCAAGGUAGAAAAGAAAAUAUAAAAAAUCUAGAAGCAGAGAAGAGCAAAGAAGAAGAUGCAAUUAGAGGUUUUCGCGAAGAAAUUGACCGUCAUUUAGAUACGCUGGAACAAAAUCUUCGAGAAGAAUUAAAAGAGAAACAUAAACAGAAGAUAUCCGAAUUGCAAGCAGAAAUGGACUCCUUUGAGACGAAGCGAAUGACAGUGGCUUAUUAUAAAGAUCUUCUCCACGCUUUAAUGGGAUCAACCUCCGGAAUACAAGUUAUAAACGAGCUUGGAAAGGUUGGACAACAGUGCGCCAUAUUAGAAGAAAAAGUUCAACAUCGCGCGUCGAAAGUGAAACGUGUAAAUUACGAACUUAAGCAAAACGACCUGACUUCAAAUCUCGAUUCUCUAGGGUCUGUAGACUUCCGGUCGACUCCUAUCAUUCCCAACGUAGUAUCAGAGGACUGGAAUAAAUUGCGUAGCAAGAAGUCGGUCAACAAAAGUAAGCCAAGAGAGAGUACGCAUGAUUUCAUGGUCAUCAAAUAUUCACACAGCAAAAUUACAGGCGGCUGUUCUUACAAAUCCAAACUGGUUCUUGUUGACAACACUGGUCGAGAAAUUCGAGGAUACACCGAAAUGGGUCACCGAGAUGAAUCAUUCACAAUAUCAUUCAAGAAGAAUCCAUGGGAUCUCACGCCCCUUCCUGAAAGAGACGGAAGUGACAUGAUAGCAGUCACUCUCCAUAACGACUGUCAAAUACAAGUAAUUGAGUACGGCCAAAUUCCACUUCCAGACAAGCAUGUAUACCACACAAGAACAAAUUGCUUCGGAAUAGCAUACUUAGAAGGCUUUGUCGUCGUUGCCUGUGUUCAAGGCCUGGAGGUUGCCGAGUUGGUCGAUGAUCAUCGCCUGGUUUACCGAAAUUUCCUUAGAGUUCCCGGAGAUAAGAUUUAUUACGUCUGCUCUGGGGAUAAAAAUCGCAUAUACUACUCGGACGCUGUUGAGAAAGGAUCUCUCUAUUGCAUAACUUUGGAUGGAACCGAAAUUUUCCAGUAUUCUCAUGUUACUCUGAGAUCACCACGUGGGAUUUCCACGGAUUCUACUGGGAAUGUUUUCGUUUGUGGAUAUUAUAGCAACAACAUCCAUCAGCUGAACGCAGAGGGUGCUUUGAUGCACAUCAUCGCACCAAAAAGCAAAACAUUCUACAAGCCGCUCGUGCUAAUAGAGCAUAGCGAGCGCAUGUACUCCGUGUUUGGCAAACAUAAAGUUAUAGUAUUUACUUAAACUUU